AACAAAGCCACAGGGUGUGCAAACAUGGCGGCGGGGCACUUCCUGCGGUUACACAACAGAGGCGGGCCAGGCUCAGCGGAGAAACCACAACAACUUCCGUCCUGGCAAAGGAAAGCCUCUCCGCGCACGCGCAUACAGCAGACAAAGAAGCACUCAGUGCGCAGCCGCGGAGGGAAGCGGGCGUUGCCAGGGAGACGGGAGAAGCGGCGCAUGCUCAAUGUGUACAGCGUGCUGUCUCCAUGGUGACGGCUGGAGGAGUCUCUAAACAAGGGGAAGAGAUGGAGGAGAGUCCGGUGCUGAUGUAUGGAGAGGCCGAGGGCAUGGUCCAGGGCCUGCGGAGCUUCCCCCUGCGGGACACCGGCUCUGGGGGUGGGUCUGGGCACUCAGCUCCUGCAGACACAUACAUUAUGCAGCAAGCCCAGAACUAUCCGUAUGUCAUAAUUGGUGUUUCGGAUCUGCUUGUUACCAACCCCCUGGAGGAGCCCAGCACAGGACGUGGCUCACAAGUGAGGUUCAGAUCGGGCUCUAUGUGGUCCAUUUCUGACCCCUCAGGUAUGCCGAGCUGGACCGACACUCAGAACCUCCAAAACACCUCUGAGAUCCGCACAUUAAUCCGCCAGCUGAUCAGCAUAGAGAUCUGGAAGGUGAAAGUCUUUCCCGUGUUAUGCCAGCUGCAGGAUUUCCAGCCCAGUAGCACCUUCCCCCUCUACAUGGUGAUACACCACGAGGCCACCAUCAUUAACCUGCUGGAAACCGUCUUCUAUCACAAGGAAGUGUGCGAGUCUGCAGAGGAUCUGGCCUUGGAUCUGAUCGACUACUGCCACCGCAAACUCACUAUUCUGGCAUCAAAGGGUUCCCCUGGAGAGUUUCCGGUCCGGGACAGGAUGAUGGUGAACGUGUCCGGCGACGUCUCUUCACUAGAGGAACUGAAGCAGCAGUCUGAGGCCUUGGAGUUUGACGUUGCCCUGAAGUGUCUGUCAGUCCUGCGUUACGUCACCGACCACACAGACAGUCUGUCGCUUAGCGUGACCACGCGACUACUGAACACCCACAACCUGCCCUGUGUCCUGGUGGAGCUAAUGGAGCAUUGUCCAUGGAGUCGGCGAAACAAAGGUCAGCUGCAGAGAUAUGAGAACGGCCGCUGGCUGUGUGUGCCGGCCGAGGACCAGCAGAAGAUGACCAAACUGGACGGCCAGGUGUGGAUCGCGCUCUACAAUCUUCUCCUGAGGCCGGAGUGCCAACAAAAGUACAACAUCAAUAACUUCACUAAAGGACAAUUGCUGAAGGUUAGUUCAGGUCUCUCUGACAUAGUUCUGGUGCACCUACCAGCAGUCAAUGACGUGAUCCUCCAAGGCUCCUGUGUGUCCCUCCCCCUGUCCCAGGUACCCGAGGUUUGGGAUUCCAUCAUCAGAGAGAAUUCUGGGAAAUGGAAGGCCAUCGCGAAGCACCAAGUGAAGCACGCCUUCUCCCCCAGCGAGGAGGACCUGCGGCGCCAGGCUCAGCGGUCAGUGCCACGUACACCUCACACUCUAUCGCAGUGCCAGGUGAAGCAUUGGCGGAAGCACAAGACAUCCUGCGACCUGGUAAGCGAGGCCACGAAGAAGAUGAAGGAAGAC